AGACAUGAAGCUCUCAGCAAGCGUACUUCUGCUGAUCGUCGCGGCGGGUUUGGUCCACGCCGAGGAAGUUUGUUCUGCUGGUGAGCAGAAGAAGGAGGACUGUAACACAUGCGUUUGUGCAAACGGCGUUUGGGCGUGCACGAAGAAGGCUUGCCCACAGGUGGAGGCAGCGUGUAAGGCCGGUGACACCAAGAUGGACGACUGCAACAGGUGUUUCUGCAUUGAAGGUGCAGGUUGGGCGUGCACCCUGAAAGCGUGUCCUAGGCCACAAGCAGAAGUGGAGAAGUGCACGCCUGGGACGACCUUCAAGCGGGACUGCAACACGUGUACCUGCGGCCCUGAUGGCAAGCCGGCCGCAUGCACCCUCAUCGCCUGUCUUCCAAGGACGCGCAGAGCAGAUGACGACAGGUGCACGCCUGGGACUACCUUCCUGCAAGACUGCAACACCUGUACCUGUGGCCCUGACGGUAGGACGUCAGCGUGUACGCUCAAGGCAUGUCCUCCUCGCGAGCAGGAAGCAGACAGUUGCAAACCUGGAACGACCUUCCUGCAGGACUGUAACACGUGUACCUGUGGUCCUGAUGGGAAAACGUCAGCCUGCACCCUGAAAGCGUGUUCACCUGGCGCACAGGCAGAUGAAGACAAGUGCACCCCUGGGACGACCUUCCUCCAGGACUGCAACACCUGCACGUGCGGUGCAGACGGCAAGACGGCGGCCUGCACCCUGAAGUUAUGUCCACCCAAACCGCAAACAGAAGAAAGCUGCACACCUGGGACCACCUUCCUGCAAGACUGCAACACGUGUAGGUGCAGCGAUGACGGCAAAACGUUCGCCUGCACUCUCAAGGCGUGUCCACCUCGUGUGCGCAGAGGCGUCCAGUGAAACACAAGCAGCGUCUCGGAGCGGGUCUGAACUUUGUGAAGAGGGAGCUGGCCUCAAAACUAAAAAAUAAGAGGACGUGCAACAUGUGGCAGUACUUCAUAUAAAAGU